AUGAAUCGCUUUUUCGGGCGCAAGAAGGAGGAGAUUGUCGAGGAUGCGCCAGUCAGCAAUGUUGCCUCGUCUGGCACGAAGAAGGCGAAGAAAUCGAAGAAGGGACAGCCUGAGCCGAAGCCUGAAUUAGACUUGUCGAUUGCCCUGCCAUCAACUGACAACUUCCGGACUAGCUUGCUGAUGCCAAACUUGUCGGCCCGAUUCAGCAUGUUGAGAGAACAAGAUGAUCCAAACUCGAAACUCGGCAAAGCAAGCGACGACAGCGUCUUACAUCCGAAGCGACAGUCUCGUCUCCACGACUUCGGUUUUGUUCCAGGUGGUCUCUCCGAUAUCGCCGAAGUUGCAUCAAUCAACAGUUCCAUCCGACCUCCAUUCGCCUAUGGAAGGCAGGACUCCGUUGAUGGAUAUGGCACUGAUGACGACUCUCAAUCUGGAAGUGUUAUGACGAGAUCGCGCCCGGGCGAAGGCAAUGUUCUGUUCGGUGGCCGCCAGAAGGUCUACAAGAUUGCCAACUCAGGCAAUGGAUCAUCCAAGAGCUUAGGUAGAGCGCUCUACGAAGAUGAUGUCAACAUGUCUACAUUCCAAAAGAUACGUCAACAGGAGCGCGCCGAUAAGGAACGGGAAGCUGCCGAGCUGGAGAAUGAAGAGCGGCUGUUCGAUAGCAGGCAGUCUGAACCGGAACCAGAACCAUCAAGCCCACUUAAGGAGUUUUAUUCGCCGUCACUUUCUGGAUACAGUGGCCGACGAGGGACGAACUCUUCCGCCGGAUCUGGACAGGCACGAUCAUCCACUGCUGCUACGUCCAUCGCUUCGCAAGGAGCCAGUUCCGUUCCAGCUUCAUCGCCUGCAGUUCCAAAUGCACCGAUACUACCCCUAGCGAGUGAUCUGAACCGCACUAUGACUAAGGGACGAAAUCGUUUGUAUGAUCAAGGCUUGGAUCAGCACAUUCAUGACCAACAGUCAUCCGCCAUGAGUCGGUUGAAUUCGAUUCAGAAGCAACGUGGACCAACCGCUGGACUCUCGACUCCACCAUUCCUGUCACAAGCCAGAAGUGCGAAUAAUUUGAGCGAUCGAUUUGCCCGUCCUGGAGCACGGGCUGGUAGCCCUACCCAAGCUGGUGCUAUGCCUACCAUUGCAUCUGGCGGGCCUGUCCACCCUCCGUCGUCCAACUCAAGCCCCGUACUGUCCCAACCCCAAUCACCACCAAUGAGCCCCUUGGGAAGCGACGAGGAAACAAACGCGCUGCACUCUGCGCUCCAACCCAAUGACCGAGGCAAAGCAACUGCUAUGGGUGCCUUUAACAAGCCCAAGCAACAAUUUGAUGAGCAGCAAUAUGCCCAGCGUCUGAAACAGAUGCAGCAGGGUAAGGAAACGCCAGCGCCAGCGCCAAGGAAUGAGAGGCCAACGAAACCAUCUCUGCGUGAGCGUGCCGAGAUUGAAGCGCGCAAGAGGGCCGAGGCCGAUGUUCCGGAUCGCUCGAGAUCAGAUUCGACUCCACCAUCCCCCUUCUCAGUCUUCCAGAAGGCCGCCAACCAGAUGAGGGAUGCACCUUCACCAGCCUCUCCACAGAGGCCAGCGCCUCAGGUGCCGGCCUCUGAGUCACGCGCCACUUUUUUCGCCUCUCCUGGUGAUAGUAGCGAUGACGACCUUCCCAAGGCUCGUCCUGUGAAAUCGUCGGAUCUCGAUCGACGGCUUGAAGGGCUUCAGCGACCUCCACCAGUGGCCAGCCGAACUGCUCCUCCCAUUCUUGACCAUCCUGCUCUCCGAUCCCGCAACAACUCGAGGCCAGAGAAACCACAACUCGAGCACCGACCCGAUGAGCGACACACUAACGAUGCAAACCGCCAAGUCGACAACGCUGAAAAGCGCACAUCGGCGGGUACCAUUGUCAACGGCGACAAUGAUAUUGACUCACCAACUCUCGGCGAUGAUAAGGGUGGCCUGAGCGGACUUGUCAGGCAACAUCUUCGAAAGCCUAGCUCGGUGUCCUCGGUAUAUGGAGAUGAAAAGCCGCCAGCACCAGAGCCCCUUUCUCUGCGCACUCAAGAUGGAGCUAUCCGGCGCGGACAGGCUCCGUCCGAAUCUGAUACUCCUGCACAUUCCAGCUACAGCCACUCAAAUCCUUGGGAUCUGGAAGACCUAGACCGAAGUUCGCACUACGGUGAGGGUGAUAGUAUCAGCUCCACCAGUCCAGUCGAUCCUUAUCGGCCAAAGGUACAGCCAACAUACGGUGGAUCUCAGCCCGUUAAUGGCAAUUUGCGUGAUCGAAGUGGCUCCCAGGAUACAGAUGCUCCUCAGUGGGAACAGGAACUGAGGAAGACGCAUGCACGUGGAGGCAGCACCGAGACUCAACACGAGCGCGAAGCAUUUCAGAACGAACUUGCGCAGCGUCAGCGGGCAAUUCAAGAGAGGCUUCGUAAUGGAGUAAGCUCGAACGACAGAAGCCGAUCCCAGAGCCCUGCUGCGAGUGGUCUGAAGAACGCUCUGGGGAUGCUUCGCUCUAAGACCAGCCGCGACUCCAUGGCAGUCAACAACAAUCCUUCGAAGCCCGAGCCCACGCAGACAAAGGCUAUGAGGAUGCUGGGAAUCGGUGCACCGUCAGCUAGCGCCAGCAGUACAUCCUUGGCUGGGUCCGAGAACAAGUUCUACGGAAGUGAAUACUGGAGGUCCGAGGAGAAUCAAGUCGGUCCACAGGGAACACGACCGAAACCAUCACGAAUUCCACAGCAGAGCGAACAGGAUGCCCGGCGAGAAUUAGAGCAGCGACUCCAACGUGGAGCUAGUGAGGACAACAGUCGUGAUCCCAGAUCUGCCAAGGGUCGCUCACCACCAGCAUCGAGCAGGAGCUCUACGCGAAACCGGUCAAGCUCGGAGCUUUCGCAAGGUCGAUCAACGAGUCGUACUGGACGGUAUCGGGAUGACCUCGACAAGGCAAUGGCUGAAGGCACUGGCAGUACUAAUGGCUAUCCUGGCAUGUCACCAUCCAUUCCCCAGCACGUUCAGGGGAGUUCGUCACGUCAACACUCACCAGAGACUCUACCAGAGGUGGUUGCACAAGGAAAUAUGCGAAGCAACAGCAGAACCGCAGCUGCUGCUUACUUUGACCAGAAGUCUCUGCAUCCGAUACACACCGCCCACAGCCCAAUGAUAGGAUCGUCUCCUCGCCUGUCACCGGCAGCUAAUAGCCCGGCCAUGGGAGGAGUGUCUCCUGGAUUGCCGUUGUCUCCUCGCCCCUCUCCGGGAAUCAGCCCGGGCAUUGCUUCGAUCCGCCCCUACCCUUUACCGGUUGCCCCGUUCUCGGCCAACUCAACGCCUCCAAUUUCGGCGGCGACGACUCCUGUGGCUUCGUCUUUCAGCUCAAAUAUCGCCACCAGCAGAGGUACAAUGCGUAAGAAGUCAAUCAACAAGUCGGACAUCUCGGAGCCAGUGUUCAUUUCUGCUACGUCGGUCAUGGAUACGGUCGACCUUCCUGCUGGAGCUUCCCUCAGGAAUGGCGUUGAGUCUCCACCACCAGUUCCUCCCAUCAACCCUCGACGUCGAUUUGGAUUUGGCCGUACCGGUACCAGCGAGAGUAGCGAUGGGGCAGUGCAACCUCCACGUGCUCCUUUCGCAGAUCCGAUGCGGACCAACUCUGCCGACGAGCUUGACCAACAGGCGCGGCCGAAGGGACACAAGUUGCGCAAGUCAUCGAGUGAAGGUCGCAGUCUUUACAUGAAGAACCAAGCACCUCCGGUCAUCAGCCCGGCGUUCCCACCGGCUGGAAUUAACGGAUCGCCACCACGUCCGAUCGCAGAUGGUUCAAUGUUCUGA